CCGCCACAGGCUCAUUUGCAUUGAUCAGCCGCCCCCUCCCCCUUCCCAGACCGGCCCCUCUCCCCCCAUCAAUCAUCAAUCAGCACCGAGUGGAUCAAUCAAUGGUCGGGAGGAGGCGGCGGCGGCGGCUGCUGCUGUUAAUGAACAAUGUGUGAGAGCUGCGCCGAGCUGCUGGAGGUGUUAAAUGAGAUAUCUGACAUCGAAGGUGGUGAUGGAUUGCAGCUCCGAAAGGAACAUGCACUCAAGAUAUUUGCUUAUAUCAACUCCUGGACGCAAAGACAAUGUCUGUGCUGCUUCAAGGAGUAUAAGCAUUUGGAGAUCUUUAACCAAGUAGUAUGUGCGCUUAUUAACUUAGUGAUUGCCCAAGUUCAAGCUCUACGGGACCAGCUCUGUAAACAUUGCACUAUUAACAUAGAUUCAACAUGGCAAGAUCAGAAUAAUCAAGCCAAUGAGCCACUGAAUGUAGAAAGAGAGUCUCAUGAAGAAGAAAAUGGAGAACGACAAAAAUGCUUAGAGAAAAAGUUAGACUCCACAAGAACUUGUAUCCUGACAGAGGAAGAAUCUGCAAAGAGCACUGAUGCUUUUAGCUUGUGGAGCACUGAUGAGAAGGAAAAACUGUUGCUGUGUGUGGCAAAAAUCUUUCAGAUUCAGUUUCCUCUGUAUACUGCUUACAAGCAUAAUACUCAUCCCACAAUAGAGGAUAUUUCUGCCCAAGAAAGCAAUAUAUUAGGGGCGUUCUGUGAUAUGAAUGAUGUAGAAGUACCAUUGCACUUGCUUCGAUAUGUUUGUCUAUUUUGUGGAAAAAAUGGCCUUUCGCUCAUGAAGGAUUGUUUUGAACAUGGAACCCCUGAUACAUUGCCAUUUCUUAUAGCACAUGCAUUUAUCACAGUGGUAUCUAAUAUCAGGAUAUGGCUACACAUCCCUGCUGUCAUGCAGCACAUUAUACCAUUUAGGACCUAUGUUAUCAGGUAUUUAUGUAAACUGUCAGACCAAGAGUUGCGACAGAGUGCAGCCCGGAACAUGGCAGAUUUAAUGUGGAGUACAGUUAAAGAACCAUUGGAUACAGCCUUGUGUUUUGAUAAAGAAAGUCUUGAUCUUGCGUUUAAGUACUUUAUGUCUCCAACUUUAACAAUGAGGUUGGCUGGACUGAGUCAAAUAACAAAUCAACUUCACACCUUUAAUGAUGUGUGUAAUAAUGAAUCAUUGGUUUCAGACACAGAAACGUCCAUUGCAAAAGAGCUUGCAGACUGGCUUAUCAGCAACAAUGUGGUUGAGCAUAUUUUUGGACCAAAUUUACAUAUUGAGAUCAUCAAACAGUGCCAAGUGAUUCUCAAUUUUCUUGCAGCUGAAGGGCGACUUAGUACUCAGCACAUAGACUGCAUUUGGGCAGCAGCGCAGCUGAAACAUUGUAGUCGCUAUAUACAUGAUCUGUUUCCUUCAUUAAUCAAGAACUUGGACCCUGUCCCGCUUAGACAUCUUCUUAAUCUAGUCUCAACUCUUCAUCCAAGUGCUCAUACUGAACAGACCUUAUAUUUGGCAUCAAUGCUUAUAAAAGCACUGUGGAAUAAUGCACUAGCAGCUAAGGCCCAGUUAUCAAAACAGAGUUCAUUUGCAUCUUUACUCAGUACUAAUCUACCCAUGGGAAAUAAGAAAGAGGAAGAAGAGCUCAGAAGGGCAGCCCCAUCGCCUUGGUCACCUGCAGCUAGUCCUCAAAGUAGUGACAACAGUGACACCCAUCAGAGUGGAGGCAGUGACAUUGAAAUGGAGGAGCAGAUAAUCAACAGAAACAAACACGUGCAACAGCGACUUUCAGAUACAGAGGAGUCCAUGCAAGGAAGUUCUGAUGAGACAGCAAACAGUGGUGAGGAUGGCAGCAGUGGUCCUGGUAGCAGCAGUGGCCACAGUGAUGGAUCCAGUAAUGAGGCCAAUUCCAGUCAUGCAAGCCAGUCUGCAGGAAGUCCAGGGAGUGAGGUGCAAUCAGAAGAUAUUGCAGAUAUUGAAGCUCUCAAAGAAGAAGAUGAGGAAGAGGAGGAAGAUAGGGGUCAUAAUCCUCAGAAAAACAGUAGGAGCACAGAGCUACUAAGCAGGAAGAUAGAAUCACAAGCAGGCAUUUGUUUAGGAGAUUCACAAGGGGCAGCAGAUAGGAGUGGUAAUGGGUCAGGAAAGGACCAUGUUUUUAACACUGAGUCUGUGCCUCCAGUGGAUAGUCGAAUUAGAAUGCUAGAUGCCUGUUCACACACUGAAGAUGCAGAACAUGAUAUGACCGGAGAAAUUAAUCCAGCUCACAUAUCACAAGGGUCUCAGGAUUCUUGUAUAACACAUACAGGGGACUUCCUUGGGGAAAGCAUUGGAAAUGAAUUAUUUAACUGUCGGCAGUUUAUUGGGCCACAGCAUCACCACCACCACCACCACCACCAUCACCAUCAUGAUGGACACAUGGUUGACGAUAUGCUAAGUGCAGAUGAUGUCAGUUGUAGUAGUUCCCAGGUCAGUGCAAAAUCUGAAAAAAAUAUGGCUGAUUUUGAUGGUGAAGAGUCUGGUUGUGAAGAAGAACUUGUACAGAUUAAUUCACAUGCUGAGCUAACAUCUCAUCUUCAACAGCAUCUUCCUAACCUUGCUUCUAUCUACCAUGAACACCUUAGUCAAGGGCCAGCAGUCCAUAAACACCAGUACAACAGCAACGCAGUGACGGAUAUUAACUUGGAUAAUGUUUGUAAGAAGGGAAAUACUCUUUUGUGGGAUCUGGUCCAGGAUGAAGAUGCAAUUCAUCUCUCUGAGGGAUUAAUAAAUGAAGCAGAGAAGCUGCUCUGUUCCUUAGUGUGCUGGUUUACUGAUAGGCAGAUCCGAAUGAGAUUCAUCGAAGGCUGCCUGGAAAACUUAGCAAAUAACAGAUCUGUAGUAGUUUCACUUCGUCUUCUUCCAAAGUUAUUUGGUACAUUUCAGCAAUUUGGGAGCAGUUAUGAUACACAUUGGAUAACAAUGUGGGCAGAAAAAGAACUUAACAUGAUGAAACUCUUCUUUGAUAAUUUGAUACACUACAUUCAAGCAGUAAGGGAAGGACGACAUAAACAUGCAUUGUACAGCCACAGUGCAGAAGUUCAAGUGCGUCUUCAGUUUUUGACAUGUGUUUUUUCAACUCUUGGAUCACCAGAUCAUUUCACACCAAAGAAAAUGCAACUCCAUACACAACAACAAAUGAAAAUGAACAGAUUGAGUUUAGAACAAGUGGACAUUUUAUGGCAUUGUUUAGUAGAAGAUUCUGAGUGCUAUGAUGAUGCAUUACACUGGUUCUUAAAUCAAGUACGAAGUAAAGAUCAGCAUGCUAUGGGAAUGGAAACCUACAAGCAUCUUUUCUUAGAAAAGAUGCCACAGCUAAAACCUGAAACUAUUAGUAUGACUGGUCUAAACCUGUUUCAACAUUUAUGCAACUUGGCCCGAUUGGCUACCAGUGCAUAUGAUGGUGGCUCAAACUCAGAGUUGUGUGGUAUGGACCAAUUCUGGGGCAUUGCUUUAAGAGCACAGUCUGGUGAUGUCAGUCGAGCAGCUAUCCAGUAUAUCAAUUCUUAUUAUAUUAAUGGUAAAACAGGUCUGGAAAAAGAACAAGAAUUUAUUAGCAAGUGUAUGGAGAGCCUUAUGAUCGCUUCCAGUAAUCUUGAGCAAGACUCCCACUCAAGUCUCACCAUAAUUGAAAGAGGACUUUUAAUGCUAAAGACACACCUUGAAGCUUUUAGGAGAAGGUUUGCGUAUCAUCUGAGACAGUGGCAGAUUGAAGGCACUGGUAUCAGCAGUCACUUAAAGGCACUUAGUGAUAAACAGUCAUUACCACUAAGAAUAGUAUGUCAGCCAGCUGGACUUCCUGACAAGAUGACUAUAGAAAUGUAUCCUAGUGAUCAAGUGGCAGAUCUAAGGGCUGAGGUUACCCAUUGGUAUGAAAAUUUGCAGAAAGAGCAGAUAAACCAGCAAGCUCAGCUUCAAGAGUUUGGCCAAAGCAGCCGGAAAGGAGAUUUCCCUGGUGGUCUCAUGGGACCUGUGAGAAUGAUUUCAUCUGGGCACGAACUAACAACUGAUUAUGAUGAAAAAACACUUCAUGAAUUGGGCUUUAAGGAUAUGCAGAUGGUGUUUGUAUCCUUGGGUGCACCACGGAGGGAGCGAAAAGGUGAAGGUGUUCAGCUUCCAGCAUCUUGCCUACCUCCUCCUCAGAAGGACAACAUUCCAAUGCUUUUACUUUUGCAAGAACCUCAUCUUACCACCCUUUUUGAUUUGUUAGAGAUGCUUGCAUCUUUUAAACCUCCUUCUGGUGAAAUGGCUAUGGAAGAUAGUGAGAGUGCAAGAUGUGAAGAACUCCACCUUCAUGCAGAAAACCUGUCCAGGCGUGUCUGGGAACUGUUAAUGCUUCUACCUACAUGUCCUAACAUGUUACAGGCAUUCCAAAAUAUUUCAGAUGAACAGGGUAAUGAUGGAUUUAGUUGGAAGGAUCUCCUGCGAAUAAAAAGUGCCCAUAAACUUUUGUAUGCACUUGAAAUCAUUGAAGCUUUGGGCAAGCCUAACAGAAGAAUAAGGCGAGAGUCUACGGGAAGUUAUAGUGACCUUUAUCCAGACUCUGAUGAUUCGAGUGAAGAUCAAAUAGAAAAUAGUAAAAACACCUGGAGCUGCAAGUUUGUUGCUGCUGGAGGGCUUCAACAAUUGUUAGAAAUUUUUAAUUCGGGAAUUCUAGAGCCUAAAGAGCAGGAACCAUGGACUGUGUGGCAGCUAGACUGUCUUGCUUGCUUGCUGAAGUUGAUAUGCCAGUUUGCAGUAGAUCCUUCAGAUUUGGAUUUAGCUUAUCAUGAUGUAUUUGCCUGGUCUGGUGUAGCAGAGAGUCACAGGAAAAGAACUUGGCCAGGCAAAUCGAGGAAGACUGCAGGAGAUCAUGUAAAGGGCCUUCAUAUACCUCGUCUCACAGAGGUAUUCCUUGUACUUGUCCAGGGAACAAGUUUGAUUCAGCGACUUAUGUCAGUUGCUUAUACAUAUGACAACUUGGCACCUAGGGUGUUGAAAGCUCAGUCUGAUCACAGAUCAAGACAUGAAGUUACUCAUUAUUCAAUGUGGCUCUUGGUGAGUUGGGCCCACUGCUGUUCUUUGGUGAAAUCCAGCCUGGCAGAUAGUGAUCAUUUACAAGAUUGGCUAAAGAAACUUACCCUUCUUAUUCCAGAGACUGCAGUUCGCCAUGAGUCCUGUAAUGGUCUGUACAAAUUAUCUCUCUGUGGUUUGGAUGGGGGAGACUCAAUUAAUCGAUCCUUUCUGCUACUGGCCUCAUCAACAUUAUUAAAAUUUCUUCCUGAUGCUCAGGCAUUGAAACCUAUCCGGAUAGAGGAUUAUGAAGAGGAACCAGUGUUACGAUCUGGUUGUAAGGAAUAUUUUUGGUUGCUAUGCAAACUGAUUGAUAACAUACAUGUAAAAGAUGCCAGUCAGACAACACUGCUUGAUUUAGAUGCCCUAGCAAGACACCUUGCUGACUGCAUUCGAAGCAGAGAAAUCCUUGAUCAUCAAGAUGGUAACAUAGAAGAUGAUGGUCUUACAGGGCUCCUGCGGCUUGCAACGAGUGUUAUUAAACACAAACCACCUUUUAAAUUUUCCCGGGAAGGACAGGAGUUUCUAAGAGACAUCUUCAAUCUUCUGUUUUUGCUGCCAAGUCUAAAAGAUAAACAACAGCCAAAAUGCAAGUCACAUUCUUCAAGGGCUGCUGCUUACGACUUGUUGGUAGAAAUGGUAAAGGGGUCUGUAGAAAACUACAGGCUGCUCCACAACUGGGUUAUGGCACAACAUAUGCAGUCUUCCCAUGCGCCUUACAAAUGGGAUUAUUGGCCACAUGAUGAUGUUCGAGCUGAAUGCAGAUUUGUUGGUCUAACUAAUCUUGGAGCAACUUGUUACUUGGCAUCCACUAUUCAGCAGCUGUAUAUGAUACCAGAGGCUAGACAAGCCAUUUUUACUGCUAAGUAUUCAGAGGACAUGAAGCACAAGACCACUCUACUAGAACUUCAGAAAAUGUUUACAUAUUUAAUGGAAAGUGAAUGCAAGGCAUACAAUCCAAGGCCUUUCUGUAAAACCUACACCAUGGAUAAGCAACCACUUAACACUGGAGAGCAAAAAGACAUGACAGAAUUCUUCACUGAUCUGAUAACAAAAAUUGAGGAAAUGUCUCCAGAAUUGAAAAAUACAGUGAAAAGUUUAUUUGGAGGGGUCAUUACAAACAAUGUUGUUUCUUUGGACUGUGAGCAUGUCAGUCAGACUGCUGAAGAGUUCUAUACAGUGAGGUGCCAGGUGGCGGAUAUGAAGAAUAUUUAUGAAUCUCUUGAUGAAGUAACUAUUAAAGAUACCUUGGAGGGUGACAACAUGUAUACCUGCUCUCACUGUGGGAAGAAAGUGCGGGCUGAAAAAAGGGCAUGUUUUAAGAAAUUGCCUCGCAUCUUAAGUUUCAACACUAUGAGAUACACAUUUAAUAUGGUCACCAUGAUGAAGGAGAAAGUCAACACACACUUCUCAUUCCCUUUACGUUUGGAUAUGACACCUUACACAGAAGAUUUUCUCAUGGGAAAGAAUGACAGAAAAGAAGGUUUUAAGGACGACGGUGAAUAUUUAAAAGAAACUGAAAGUUACGAGUACGAUUUGAUAGGCGUGACAGUUCAUACAGGAACAGCAGAUGGUGGUCACUACUACAGUUUUAUCAGAGAUAUAGUCAAUCCCCAUGCUUACAAAAACAACAAAUGGUAUCUUUUCAAUGAUGCUGAAGUAAAACCAUUUGAUUCUGCUCAGCUUGCUUCUGAAUGUUUUGGUGGAGAAAUGACUACCAAGACAUAUGAUUCUGUCACUGAUAAAUUUAUGGAUUUCUCCUUUGAAAAGACACAUAGUGCGUACAUGCUAUUUUAUAAACGGAUGGAACCAGAGGAGGAAAAUGGCAAAGACUACAAAUUUGAUGUUUCAUCAGAGUUGCUGGAGUGGAUAUGGCAUGAUAACAUGCAGUUUCUUCAAGACAAGAACAUUUUUGAACAUACAUAUUUUGGGUUUAUGUGGCAGUUGUGUAGUAGUAUUCCAAGCACAUUACCAGAUCCAAAAGCAGUCUCCCUAAUGACAGCAAAGUUAAGCACUUCCUUUGUUCUGGAGACAUUUAUCCAUUCAAAAGAAAAGCCCACAAUGCUUCAGUGGAUUGAACUGUUAACAAAACAGUUUAAUAACAGUCAGGCAGCUUGUGAGUGGUUUUUGGAUCGGAUGGCUGAUGAUGAUUGGUGGCCAAUGCAGAUUCUAAUCAAGUGUCCCAAUCAAAUUGUGAGGCAGAUGUUCCAGCGCUUGUGUAUUCAUGUGAUACAGAGACUGAGGCCAGUGCAUGCACAUCUAUAUCUGCAACCAGGAAUGGAAGACUGUUCGGAUGACAUGGAUGGUCCUGUGGAAGAUAUUGGUAGCCGCUCAUGUGUAACUCGCUUCGUGAAGACGCUCUUGUCAAUUAUGGAGCAUGGUGUUAAACCUCACAGUAAACAUCUCACAGAAUACUUUGCAUUUCUUUAUGAAUUUGCCAAAAUGGGAGAAGAAGAGAGUCAGUUCUUGCUUUCAUUGCAAGCCAUAUCAACAAUGGUCCAUUUCUACAUGGGAACUAAAGGACCUGAAAACCCGCAAGUUGAAGUGCUAUCUGAAGAGGAAGGAGAGGAGGAGGAGGAGGAGGAAGACAUUCUUUCAUUAGCAGAAGAAAAAUACAGGCCUGCUGCACUUGAAAAGAUGAUUGCCCUCAUUGCUCUUCUGGUUGAACAGUCUCGCUCAGAAAGGCACUUGACUUUGUCACAAAACGACAUGGCAGCAUUAACAGGAGGAAAGGGUUUUCCUUUCUUGUUUCAACAUAUCCGUGAUGGCAUCAACAUCAGGCAAACCUGCAAUCUCAUUUUCAGCCUGUGUCGGUACAAUAAUCGACUUGCCGAACACAUUGUGUCCAUGCUUUUCACAUCUAUAGCAAAGUUGACUCCUGAGGCAGCCAAUCCUUUUUUCAAAUUGCUGACUAUGCUAAUGGAGUUUGCUGGCGGUCCUCCAGGAAUGCCACCCUUUGCUUCUUACAUCCUGCAGAGGAUAUGGGAGGUGAUUGAAUACAAUCCAUCUCAGUGCUUGGAUUGGCUGGCAGUGCAGACACCUCGAAAUAAACUAGCCCACAGUUGGGUGCUGCAAAAUAUGGAGAACUGGGUUGAACGUUUUCUUUUGGCACACAAUUAUCCUAGAGUGAGAACUUCUGCAGCCUACCUUUUGGUGUCACUUAUUCCAAGCAAUUCAUUCCGUCAGAUGUUCCGAUCAACUCGAUCCUUGCAUAUCCCUACACGUGACCUGCCUCUCAGUCCAGAUACUACAGUAGUUCUUCAUCAAGUCUACAAUGUACUUCUUGGCCUGCUUUCAAGAGCAAAACUGUAUGUUGAUGCUGCUGUUCAUGGCACUACUAAACUGGUGCCCUACUUUAGUUUCAUGACUUACUGUUUAAUCUCAAAAACUGAGAAACUUAUGUUUUCCACUUAUUUCAUGGACUUGUGGAACCUUUUCCAGCCUAAACUUUCUGAGCCAGCUAUAGCCACCAACCACAAUAAACAGGCUUUGCUCUCUUUUUGGUAUAACGUAUGUGUUGACUGCCCAGAGAAUGUACGCCUUAUUGUACAGAAUCCUGUGGUGACAAAGAACAUUGCCUUCAAUUACAUCCUAGCAGACCAUGAUGAUCAGGAUGUGGUGCUCUUUAACCGUGGGAUGCUGCCUGCUUAUUAUGGCAUUCUGCGGUUAUGCUGCGAACAGUCACCUGCAUUCACAAGACAGCUGGCUUCUCAUCAGAAUAUCCAGUGGGCCUUUAAGAAUCUCACACCACAUGCCAGUCAAUACCCAGGAGCAGUAGAAGAGCUGUUUAACCUCAUGCAGCUGUUUGUAGCUCAGAGGCCAGAUAUGAGAGAAGAAGAGAUAGAAGACAUAAAGCAAUUUAAGAAAACAACCAUAAGCUGUUAUCUGCGCUGCUUAGAUGGACGGUCUUGUUGGACUACUUUAAUAAGUGCCUUCAGAAUAUUAUUAGAAUCUGAUGAAGACAGACUUCUUGUUGUGUUUAAUAGAGGCUUAAUCCUGAUGACUGAGUCCUUUAACACAUUGCACAUGAUGUAUCAUGAGGCCACAGCUUGUCACGUGACUGGAGACCUGGUGGAACUUUUGUCAAUAUUCCUCUCGGUCCUUAAAUCAACACGUCCAUAUCUUCAGAGAAAAGAUGUGAAGCAAGCGCUAAUCCAGUGGCAGGAGCGAAUUGAAUUUGCCCAUAAACUCUUAACUCUGCUAAAUUCUUACAGUCCUUCAGAACUUAGAAAUGCUUGCAUUGAUGUCCUCAAGGAGCUUGUGCUUUUAAGCCCUCAUGAUUUCCUGCACACUUUGGUUCCAUUUCUGCAGCACAACCAUUGUACAUACCACCACAGUAAUAUCCCAAUGUCUCUUGGACCUUAUUUCCCCUGUCGUGAAAAUCUGAAAUUAAUAGGAGGGAAAAGUAAUAUCCGUCCUCCUCGUCCUGAACUCAAUAUGUGCCUCUUGCCUACGAUGAUGGAAGCCAGCAAGGGUAAAGAUGAUGUUUAUGAUCGUAUGCUUCUAGACUACUUCUUUUCGUACCAUCAGUUCAUCCAUCUAUUAUGUCGAGUUGCAAUCAACUGUGAAAAGUUUACCGAAACUUUAGUUAAGAUGAGUGUCCUCGUUGCUUAUGAAGGUUUACCACUUCAUCUUGCAUUGUUUCCCAAACUUUGGACUGAGCUGUGCCAGACUCAGUCUGCUAUGUCAAAGAACUGUAUUAAACUCCUGUGUGAAGAUCCAGUUUUUGCAGAAUAUAUUAAAUGUAUUCUAAUGGAUGAAAGAACCUUUCUUAACAACAAUAUUGUGUACACAUUCUUGACGCACUUUCUUUUAAAGGUCCAGGGGCAGGUGUUUUCUGAAGCAAACUGUGCCAAUUUAAUCAAUACUCUGGUUACAAAUCUAAUAAAUCAAUAUCAAAGCCUAGAAUCCGAUUUCAGCAGCCAGCGAGUUGAAAUUUCCAAAGCAAGCUCUACCUUAAAUGGGGACCUUCGAGCACUUGCUUUGUUGCUUUCAGUGCACACCCCUAAGCAGCUGAAUUCGGCCCUGAUUCCAACUUUGCAAGAACUGCUAAACAAAUGCAGGGCUUGUCAACAACAGAGGAACUCAUUACAAGAGCAAGAAGCCAAAGAAAGAAAAACUAAAGAUGAUGAAGGAGCUACUCCUGUAAAAAGAAGACGGGUUAGCAGUGAUGAGGAGCAUACUGUAGACAGCUGCAUCAGUGAUAUGAAAACUGAACCAAGGGAGGCAUUGACUCCAACAAGCACUUCAGAUAAUGAGACAAGAGACUCUUCUAUCAUUGAUCCUGGCACUGAACAAGAUCCUCCUUCCCCUGAAAAUAGUUCUGUUAAAGAAUACAGAAUGGAAGUCCCAUCUUCCUUUUCAGAAGACAUGAUGUUAACUACCAGGUCACAACACACAGAAGAGCAGUCAGGCAAUGGUAAAUUUGAAGAGUGCAAGGAAUUUAAAGAUCUGCAGAGUUCCAAGGAUCCCAAUGCAGUUGAAGAUGACUCAGAGUUCCCCUCCACAUCAAUUUCAGCAGUUUUAUCUGACCUAGCAGAUCUAAGAGGCUGCGAUGGUCAAGCCUUACCAUCCCAGGACCCUGAAAAUAGUUUAUCAAUCAGUUGUGGCCAUUCCAGAGGACUUUUUAGUCACAUGCAGCAGCAUGACAUUUUAGACAUCCUAUGUAGGACCAUUGAGUCUACGAUUCAUGUGGUCACAAGGAUAUCUGGCAAAGGAAACCAAGCUGCUUCUUGACAUUAGAUGGAGCAUGUCUGCUUUUAAGUCUUUUUUUUUUUUCCCUCCUCCCCCCUGAAAAUGCUGUUUGUAUAAGUUUUGCUUAUUUCUGUUUUGUGCUUCAGUUUGUCCAGUGCUCUCUGCUUGAAUGGCAAGAUAGAUUUAUAUGCUUAAUUCUUGGUCAGGCAGAACUCCAGAUUAAAACAUUUUUUGCAUCUACCGUACUUUUCUUAAAGGGCAAUCAGAUAAUGGAUAUGUUUUAUGUAAUUAAGAGUUCACUGUAGUGGCUUUCAUUUAAUAUGGCUGUAUGGGAGAACAGGGCCUCCUUGCCCUGUAUGAUGUAAUUUAAACUUAUGGCAUUUUUACUGUGUAUAAUAUGGUGUCCUCUGUGCCAGUUUUGUACCUUAUAAUAGAGGCAGAUUGCCUCAGAUCGCUGUGGUUCUUAUUAUCAAAAUUAAGUUUACUUGUAUACUAAACAACCACAAGAAAUUUGAUUCUGUAAAGAAUCCUCUUUAGCUGUGGCCUGGCAGUAUCUAUACGGUGCUUUAUUUAACAGAAUACCUGUGGAGGAAAUAAAGCACACUUGAUGUAAAAUUAAUUGUUUUAUUUUUAUUGACAUGAUCAAUCGCUAUUCUGUGCACUUCAUUAAACUGAUUGUGAUGACUUUU